ACAGCGCAUUGACUCCCUGUGUCUUUUGGUUCAUUGUGAUUUUCCGGACACGUUAUUGUUGCAUCAGAUAGUAGAACAUGGCAAGCUCUGAAGAUACAGCCUUUGAUUAUGGCUUCUUACUGCACAUAAGUGAGGCUACUUGCAGGGUUGAGGCUUUGAAUGAGUACUUAAGCAGCCGCAGUUACCUGGCCGGCUACGGGCCAUCGCAGGCGGACACAGAAGCUUUUUCGCUUCUCUGCGGGCCCCCGUCCGAGCGGCAUGUCCACGCCCUGCGCUGGUACAAACACAUAGCCGCUCUCAAGCCCAAAAUGAAUGACCAGACCCCAGAAUGCAGCACUAGGGGAAAGCGGGUGCAGCCACCUUGGUCUCCCCCGGAAGGAACAGGUGUUUCAAAGCUCCGUCUCUAUAACAGUCUUACACGAACUAAGGAGGUGUUUGCACCACAGAAGGGAAACAGAGUGUUGUGGUACUGCUGUGGCCCUACAGUAUAUGAUGCCUCCCACAUGGGCCACGCCAGAUCGUACAUCUCUUUCGAUAUACUCCGGAGAAUACUGAAGAAUUAUUUUAAAUAUGAUGUCUUCUACUGUAUGAACAUCACAGAUAUCGAUGACAAGAUCAUCAAAAGAGCCCGACAGAACCACCUGCUGGAGCAGUACACAUUAAAGAAGCCAAGUGCCUCUAAGAUACUGCAGGAUGUGUUAACAGCCCGACUGCCCUUUAAAGUCAAGCUUGCUGAGACUACAGAUCCAGAUAAGAAGCAGAUGCUGGAAAGGCUGGACGCAGCAGUGGAUGCUGCCCUGAGUCCCCUGCAGGAGGCAGUACAGAGCAAAGCUCAGGAUGCUUCCAUUCAGAAUAAAGCAGAGGUCUUAUUGGAGGAAGCCAAAGAUCUUUUGUCUGAUUGGUUAGACGCUCAGUUUGGGAGCCAGGUGACAGAAAAUUCUAUCUUCUCUCUGUUACCGAAGUUCUGGGAGGGAGAGUUUCAUAAAGACAUGGAAGCUCUUAAUGUUCUCCCCGCUGAUGUUCUCACACGGGUCAGCGAGUACGUGCCAGAGAUCGUGGCCUUUGUCCAAAAGAUUGUAGAUAACGGUUAUGGAUAUGACUCAAAUGGAUCUGUCUAUUUUGACACUGCGAAGUUCGAUGCCUGUCCUGAUCACUCUUAUGCCAAAUUGGUACCAGAAGCCGUUGGAGAUCAGAAAGCUCUUCAAGAAGGAGAAGGAGAUUUAAGUAUCUCUGCAGACAGACUGAGUGAAAAGAGAUCACAGAAUGAUUUUGCGCUGUGGAAAGCCUCCAAGCCCGGUGAGCCAUCCUGGGACUCCCCAUGGGGAAAGGGGCGACCAGGUUGGCAUAUUGAGUGUUCAGCUAUGGCAGGAUCUAUAUUGGGAGAGUCUAUGGACAUCCACGGAGGAGGAUUUGACCUGCGUUUCCCUCAUCAUGACAAUGAGUUGGCGCAGUCUGAGGCUUACUUUGAGAAUGAUCACUGGGUGCGAUAUUUCUUGCACACAGGUCACCUGACCAUUGCAGGAUGCAAGAUGUCUAAAUCUCUGAAGAACUUCAUUACUAUCAAAGAUGCCUUGGCUAAACACACAGCAAGACAGCUACGUUUGGCCUUUCUGAUGCAUUCCUGGAAAGAUACAUUGGAUUACUCCAACAACACCAUGGAGUCAGCCAUCCAGUAUGAGCGGUUCAUAAAUGAAUUCUUUCUGAAUGUGAAGGAUAUUCUCAGGAGCCCUACUGACAUCACGGGCCAGUUUGAGAAAUGGGAAGCUGAAGAGAUUGAACUCAAUAAAAACUUUUAUGAGAAGAAAGCAGCAGUACAUGAGGCGCUGUGUGACAACAUGGACACUCGCUCGGCUCUGGAGGAGAUGAGGGGUCUGGUCGGUCAGAGUAACACAUAUAUGGCAGGCAGAAGGAGUGCAAAAUUUCCACCCAAUCGCAUGUUGCUUGAGAGCAUUGCCCUAUAUUUGACCGACGUGCUCAAGACAUUUGGAGCAAUCGAGGGAACUGAGCCUAUUGGCUUCCCUGUUGGAACAACGGGCCAGAAUGCUGAUCUGGAGAGCACAGUCAUACCCUAUUUGACAGUGCUUUCAGAGUUCAGGGAAGAUGUCAGAAAAAUUGCAAGAGAGAAGAAAGUGACAGAAUUGCUGCAGCUCUGUGAUGUUUUACGUGAUGACAUUUUACCCGAGCUUGGUGUUCGACUUGAGGAUCGUGACGGACUUUCAACGGGGGUGAAGCUGGUGGACAAAGAGACGCUUAUGAAAGAGAAAGAGGAGAAGAAAAAGAUGGAAGAGGAAAAGAAAAAGAAAAAAGACGAGGCUGCCAGGAAAAAACAAGAACAAGAGAUGGCAAAGCUUGCUAAAAUGAAGGUUAAACCCUGUGAAAUGUUCCUCUCCGAAACCGACAAGUACUCCAGCUUUGAUGAAACGGGCUUCCCAACACAUGACACUGAAGGGAAAGAGCUCAGUAAGGGACUGACCAAGAAGCUUCACAAGCUUUACGAGGCUCAGGAGAAGAUGUACAACGAAUACCUCCAGUCAACCCAAAACGGGAGCUGAAAUGACACAUUGAGUUUGAUGUCACAUGCGAUCCGCCCAUCGUGUCAUUUGUGAAAUUGUCUUCUUGUGUUUGUUAAAAAAAGGCAGACCUCAUCUACAUAAUUGCCACUAAACUUUUGCAAAGUUUUCUUCCUUCUGAUCAUGUCCGGAAGGUUAUCAUUUUCUUCUGAUACUUUGCGAUUGGGGCUUUAUAGAUAUUUUAUGACUAUGAUAUGAGGGUACAUACUUAAUAUUUUGUGCUUUUUACACACACCAGUACAAGUGAGGAAUUCAUAUACUUCCAAAUUCCAUUUUGAUGGUUUGUUAGAAAUAUUUUCAACUAUUUAGCUUGUUAAUAUGGAGAUGGAUCGAACAUUCAGUGUUUUCAACAUUCUUUGAAAAGUGUGGAUGUGGAAGUAAGCAUCUUUGGUUAAAUGUUUGCGAAUAAAUCAGAUUAUGCAGGAAUGAAGGGACUUGCAAUGAAGGGGUUCGCAAUUGUAUCACAAAAGGAAAAAGAGGCACACAUAGGAGAACAAGUCAUUGUUAUUAUUAUACUCUGCGAGAACUUGAAUAUCAAAUUAAUAAAUAAUUUUGAUUAACA